UGUCAAAUGAAUCGAAAGUCGUCUGAAAAAAUAUUAAUAAAAUUAAUGUAAACCAGAAAAUUGAAGUCUAAUACAUAAUUUACAUACAGCUAAUUUCAAACGAACGACUAAAAUGCCUCGUUUCCAUAAAGUAGAAAUUAAUAAAACCGAAUGGAUAGUCCCGGAGCGAUAUCAGAUGCUUACACCUGUAGGUUCCGGCGCUUACGGUCAGGUUUGUUCUGCAAUAGAUGCCCAACAUAGUAUGAAAGUGGCUAUUAAAAAGUUAGCCAGACCUUUUCAAUCAGCUGUUCAUGCAAAGAGAACAUACAGAGAGUUGCGAAUGUUGAAACAUAUGAACCAUGAGAAUGUUAUUGGAUUGCUGGAUGUGUUCACACCGGAGAAAACAUUAGAAGAUUUUCAGCAAGUAUACUUAGUGACCCAUCUAAUGGGUGCUGAUCUGAAUAACAUCGUACGGACACAGAAGCUUUCCGAUGACCACGUUCAGUUUCUGGUAUACCAGAUUUUACGUGGACUCAAAUACAUACAUUCGGCUGGCAUCAUUCAUAGGGAUUUAAAACCCUCUAACAUAGCUGUGAAUGAGGACUGUGAGUUAAAAAUCUUAGAUUUUGGCUUGGCGAGACCCACUGAGACUGAAAUGACAGGUUAUGUGGCAACAAGAUGGUAUCGUGCACCAGAGAUAAUGCUCAAUUGGAUGCAUUAUAACCAAACUGUGGACAUUUGGUCUGUGGGUUGUAUUAUGGCUGAGUUGCUGACAGGAAGAACUUUGUUCCCCGGUACUGACCAUAUGGACCAUUUAAUGAGGAUACUGUUUUUGUGUGGGAAACCAGAGCAGGAGACAUUUGACAAAAUUAUUAGUGAAGAGGCACGUAACUACAUCCAGUCUCUGCCGGCUUUGAAGAGACGCGACUUCCGCGAGGUGUUCCGCGGCGCGAACCCACUCGCCAUCAACCUGCUGGAACUGAUGCUCGAACUGGAUGCCGAUAAACGCAUAACGGCAGAACAAGCGCUCGCGCACGAGUACUUGGCCCAGUACGCGGACCCGACCGACGAGCCGGUUUCUGCGCCCUACGACCAGAGCUUCGAAGACAUGGAGCUGCCUGUAGACAAGUGGAAAGAGCUGGUGUGGAAAGAAGUAGUGGAGUUUAAGCCGCAUCCGCAGCACAUGAACACCGUGGUCGAGGUGAACCCAUCGUAAUUUGCAACAGUAUUGUAAAUAAUAAUUGCCUUAUUACAUUCAUGCCGUCACGCUGUAGCCGGAGUGUUUAUGGCCAGUGUCUUAAUGUAAUUAAUAAAACCAUAAUUGUGUUGUUUACGAGAUUUACAAGAUAUGAAUUUCGAUCAGUUUAAAACAAACGAAUGUUUUAGCAUCGUUCCCUGUUGGAAAGGAGAAAAAACUUAUGCUUAUUGACGUAAGCGCUAUAUUAGUUUCUGAACACGACUUCACUUGAAAUGAGAUUUCACUGCGAUCACGAUAGUAGUAAUUCACUUAUUUUGUAGUAUAGUAGUUCACUUAUUUUGAAAGGGCGUAAGCAUACAAAAUCUAAACACAGUUUCCUUUUAAAAAAGCGUAUUGAAAAGAGUUCAGAUUUACUGGUGGUAGGACCUCUUGUGAGUCAACAAUUUAAUUAAGUACGUAUUUCAUUAGAAAAAUUGGUAUCUUCCUACGGGAUCGUUCGAUACGAGCACACUAUGGAAUCCGAACCUCUAGGUAUACGGAGGGAUUUCGGUUCUCUUUGUGUUUUGUACCGCUUAUUCCAUGGGGAGUGCUCUGAGGAAUUUUUCGAGAUGAUCCCUCCAACUUUUUUUUACCAUCACCCCUCUCGCCACCGGAGCAGAGUGCUUCCAUACUAUCUGGAACCACUACCUUAAUCGACAACGCGUUUUCAGAAAAAA